GUGCAAUGGAGAGAAAGAAAAAGAAAGUCUGCAAACAAAGAAAGCGAGAGAGUAGUCAGGCGGUUUCGCAAUCUUCAAAAAGCCCAACCCAGACUCCUACUUUAUCUCUAGUACAGGACAUUAAAGCUGAAGACAGGAGUGCAGUUUCCACAGAGGCCCAAGUAACAAUGGUGCCGAAAUCAGAGUGUAUAGAGGAUUCUGAAUAUCAAAGCAGGCAGGCCUCAGUUUUCCGUAUGCAGUGUAGUAAUUCUAAAGCAAAGAGUCCAGCAUUGACAGUAAGGAGAAUGUCCAGGAGAUUAGGAGCAAAGCGCAUUACCUCAACUAAACCCACAGUAAAGGACUGUCUUGAGGUCAAUGCUGAUGGCCAGUCUACAGUGAGCUUUGAAAUUGUGACUCCAGAGCCACAGAGUAGAAAAAGUCAGAGACAUUUGCCUGGAUGUAAUAAGAGGAACAGAUCUCCUCCCCGAACACGAGAAGUGAGCGAUGACUCGGGUGUUUAUCAGAGAGGGAUCAAAGUUCAAAGGUCUUCUGUGAGGAAAUGCAGGCAGAUCAAUAUGGUGGAAAAGGAUAAAAUAUCCAAAAUCAAGCCUGACAAAUGGCAGAAGCUCCUUUCCUGUGGUUCACUAUGCAUUAAAGGACUUCACUGUGGUUUAUGCCAGACCGAGCUCCUUCCCUUUGCUCAAGGAGUUGUACAGAGUGCACUGUGUGAAGAAGUGUCUGAGCUAGUAGGGAGCUUGAAGCAAUUGAGUAAGAGACCACAAUGUCUAUGUAGUCCCUUAAGAGCCACUCCGUGGGAUGGCAAUUCACUACUAAUGGUCCAGAACAGCUUAGCUUUACAGACCCUACGCUGUUCACUUCAACCCUACAAACCUGAGAAUAAAAAAGGCUUGUGCUCGUACAAUGCAAUAUGGGACAAGGCCAAGUGUUCAGUGACCCAGCUGCUGCAGUGUCAGAGUUGUGUCUGGCAGCACUGAUUGUGGCCUCAUCAUGGCAGUCGAGGUCCAGCACCCUAUGGACCCCACUCUUGACCAGGUAGAUUUAACUGUCAAAUUUUAUGUCAGAAAAAGUAAUACUGUAGAUAAACUACAAGCAAAUAAUAAACAGUAGUAAAUACAUCCAUCAGUAGCUUGCUGGUCAUUUGCUCAUCAGACUUAUUUUUUCUAUCAGAAAAUGCAUUGUAUGGAUUAAAGGCUUUGAAAUUGUACAUUGCAGGGGCACUCAUAUGUGCAGGUUUCAUAAGCAUUGGUGUCGAUAUGAAAUAGUUUCUUUUUUCCGAUUACAUUAAAGUACAUUAUCACAAACAAACAGGGACACUUGCGGGCAGAUGAAUGCACUGUAACCUAAUCUAUAUAACCAAAAUACAUUUUUGUAGCAUGAUGAAUUAAAAUAAUUGUGAUUUAGUAUUCUAGGUUUGUAUCAUUAGCGCAACACUGAGGGUCCAGAAAUCUUUGGCAUGCACCUGCUGUCAUUUAAGAGUUUGUUUCUGAAUGAAAUUGUCCACUAAUUUCUUAAUUUCUCAUUUGUGCUAUUUACAAAUAUAGCAUUUGUUAGAAAAUGUUAUCCUUGUCUUAGUUUUUUAUAUUUUUGAGAACACUUUCAAUGGUACAAUUACAAUGAAGGAAUAUUCUUCCAGAGUGCCCAUUUUCAUUUGCCUGUGGUUUUCUUUAUACCUCCCAACAGCACUAAUCUAAAUACAGGUAGUCUCCUUUUUUACAAUAGAGAUACGUUAGGACAAUUCCAUCGUAAUUCAAAAAAGAUGGUACUAUGUGUGUGUGACAGCCUUUCCUGCUUAAUGCUGAUUUAUAACUUUCAUUUUCUGCUCUAAACUGAUGGCUUUCCUCUUCUUUUUUCCCUACAAGCAGGAGACAUACUUGGGUGCUUUGAAGACAUGCUUUCAUCACUAAAAUUGCUGUUUGAAACUGUUUGAAACCAGAAAAAGUAUCGUGCCUGGCGAAAUUGUAAAUAUUUUUACAAUUUUGUCAUAUCGCUAUCGGCAUCAUAAGAUCGAAAAAUCGUAAGUCGAACCAUCGUACCUCGGGGACCAUCUGUAGUGUAUAAUUCCGAAUGAUCUGUUUGACAUUUUACCUGCAGUUCUGGAUAAGCCCACUAGUGGCAUUUGGAAAUAAGGCCCAGUGAUAUUGAACACCAGUCAAAGUUAAACCAAUCACACAAAGAUAUGGCCAUCUACCUCCUACAGCUAUCCUUUUACCAUACCACAUGCCAUAACACACUAUGGCCACUCGGCUGUUGUUCGUUUAUUUUAUUUGACAAUGUUCUUAACUUUUUUUGUACAUACAGCCUGGCCAGUAAAUAUCAAUCGAGUUAUGCUGUGAUCAUCCUAUUAACACUGUAUAAUAAGACACUGAUAGAAAUUGCUAGUUUUUUAACUGCUUAGGCUUCUGUUUGUGUUCGUGUGCUCGGGUAAAACUCAUCAGUGACACUCGUGUUCAAAGAUGACAACUUUAGGGUGCAUGUGCAAGUGAAAUAGUAGAUAAUUUCUUUUUCCUCUUCUUUCUGCAGUAUCAUACCCAUGUGCAAUAAUUGUCUGUAAUGAACUGGACAAUCACUGCACUAUGUUACUUUCUAUUAUGACCAAUGUGAAUGUCUUCUUUGCUUGGUCACUUAGUUGUUCUAUGUGUAACCGUGUUGUAUUAUGUCUUGUUUAGCCUAACACUUCUGUGCAGUGCCUAUAUGUUAAAUGUGCACUCUUGGUUUGCUCUCUGAAACAAUUGUGGUGCAUGCUCAGGCAUUUGUGGCCAGUAAAGCUGAUACUACUUCAGAUCAAUUUAACUGGACUUCCAAAAAACAGCAUGUGUGUGUCUUUUUAUUUUUAUUUUUUUAUUACCGUUAAAUAUUGUCUUAAUAGCAGUAUCAGUGCUGUAUGGUAAAAUUUACCCAUAAUUCCAAGUAAAAAGAUUUUAUGUGGAAUUAUGGUCCAAUUAUGUUUCAGGUCAAAGUGUGUCUUGUGUGAUGCUCAUCAUAUCACUAUGUGGGCGUCGACGUUGUUUUGCUGGAAUGUCUCGAGUUGGCCACUGCUGUUGGUGGAUCUUUUUGGUGUAUCUGUGUGUAUUGCAUUAGUCUUUUCCUCUCUCUUCACCUUUUUCUAUAAAGUGAUUAGACCAAGUGCAUGACCAGCACUUUGGUUUCCCCUUCAGAUAUAAAUGCAUUUAAAAAAUGUCUCUCACAUGUGCUACUGAUUUCUGGGAGCACUAAAUGGAGAGUUCCAGCAGUUCACGUCUCUGCUCCUGCUGGCGCAGUUCUAAAUGUAGCUGGGAUUAGCUGAGCUAUUUGCUUGGCAGACUGCUGGCUGCAUUAAGCCUGGGUUAUGGCUUCUGUUGGAAACAAGAACAGUCCCUCCCAUGUAAGGUGCUAAAUAACUGGAUUCCUCUGAGAUUUUUUACUGUUCCCCAGGUAUCAGAAUGGAAUUUCUUGAGCUAUAGCAUAAAUAAAAAAUGGUAGAGGUAGAUCUUGCAGACAAGCUUGUUAAACUGCAAUGGAGAUGCUUUUUAUUUUCACCCAGGCCCUUGCUGUUAUGUUAUAAAAUAAGAAAAAAGGAAUCUGCAAACAUUUUUUGUUUGGCUUUGUGCUUUUUCAGAACAUAUUGUUGCUUAUUUUUGACUAAAUUUACAAUUAUUUCCAAGCAUUUAUUUAACCCAAUAUCCACAGAACCACAGUAAUGUCUCUCUCUCUCACACACACACACACACACA